AUGGAAUGGAAACCUUCAAGGCCAAACAUACUAAAACUAAACUUUGAUGGGAGGUCCUUUGGGAAUUCGGGGAGGGUGGGUAUAGGGGGAGUUUUCAGAAACCAUCAAGGUGCAGUUGUAGCCUUAUUCUCUGAGCCAAUUGGAUUUGGUGACUUGGUUAAGGCUGAGACAAUGGCUCUGUUACAAGGACUAAAACUGGCAAAACAGCAAGGUGUUAGAGAGCUUGAAGUGGAAGGAGAUUCCUUAUUCUUCUUCUUCUCAGCUACUGUGCAAGCAAGCUUCAGACUUCAGAAGCCAGUUUCAGUGCUUGUUCAUCACCUUCAAACACUAGAGAGUGACAUAUUGGGGGAAAUAGGAGUGCCAAACACAAUGGUUUCUAUUCUAUCUAUGCACCAAUCUAUUGCAUCAAACUGUACCAAUGUGGUUUUUGGUCUCCUUCCCAUUCCAAAGAAUGUUCCAAUAAAUCUCGUCUCCCUAAGUCUUCUGAGAUCAUCUCUAGUAGAGCUGGUCCUUGGCCAAACAAAUUUGUCCUUGACAACAUCAAUUUUUGGGCUACCAUCUUUCUUCCAAAUUUUGAUGUUCCCUGGAGGAGUCACAGUGGUCCCUGGGAAUUUUGCUUCAAUAUGGCAAAUGCCGCAGACUCUUUUCAACUUUACACUAUACAAUUCAGUUUCUCAGAUACAGAAAAAUUUUGGCCAGUUCGAGGACCAGCUAAGAUUUGGGUUGCAUUUAAGAUCCUAUGAGAAUGUAUAUGUGCAAGUGACAAACGAAAAUGGUUCAACAUUGACUCCGCCUGUAACUGUACAAGCUUCUGUUCUCUCAGAUAUAGGUAGCCGUGAUCUUCUGCCACAGAGGCUAAAGCAGCUAGCAGAGACGAUAACAGGAUCUCCUGCAAAGAAUCUUGGCCUUAAUUACUUAGUUUUUGGUAAUGUAAAAGAGAUAAGCUUGUCAUCUAUCUUAAACCAUACACUCCGUGCUUCUCAAGGCUCUCCAUCUCCAGCUUAUGCACCUGCUCCAUCACCUGGUCGUCAUCAACUCUCACCUUGUUUACACUGUGAUACUUGUUCACCAUCUUAUAAUGCCCUCAUAGAUGCACCAGUUCAUGAACAUUGUCCACAACCUCCUUCGGUGGAAAAAGCA